UUAAGUGAUUAUUUUAAAUCAGAACAAUACAAAUUACAAAUUUCCCGAACUUAUAUGUUAUAUAAUAAGAACAACGAUGACAAUAACAAAACGAGUACAAUUGAUUUUCGAUUAAUUCAGAUAAUUUCUGAGCAAGGAAUGGCAUGGAAAAA